AUGAAGCAUGAUGUCGAACAAAUACCUACCAACAAUGAUAUCUCUCAAGGUCAGGUCGACGAGAAGGGAGAUGUCUAUCGCGACACCGCUCUGAGCCAACAGUACGGUCGCACUCAGCGUGGUCUUACUCCAAGACACGUUCAAUUGAUGGCUAUUGGUGGAGCAAUUGGUGUCGGACUUUGGGUCGGCAUUGGCAGUGUUCUCAGUCGAGCGGGACCGCUCAACCUUCUCCUCGGAUAUAUCUUCUGGGGUCUAUUUUUCGUCUGGCCUCUUUUCCUCUGCGUUGGUGAAAUGUGCACGUGGCUUCCCAUCCGCGGGUCUAUUUUCGAGCUCGCGUCUCGUUGGGUUGAUCCCGCUUUUGGCUUUACAAUGGGUUGGACAUACUUCUUUGCCGGAGUGAUGCUUGUUUGCGUGGAAUACUCAGCGGUUGCAGCCGUUAUGCAAUACUGGGAUGCGGAUACCAAUCCAGCGGCCUGGAUAGCCAUGGCUAUGGCAGUGUGCAUCUUCCUCAACGUUGUCGCGGUCAAAUGGUUCGGAGAAUCAGAGUUUAUCAUGGCAUCCACUAAGGUCUUCCUAUUGGUCAUGCUCGUAUUGAUCACUUUCAUAACGAUGGUUGGCGGCAAUCCCAAGGGCGAUCGAUAUGGCUUCCGUUCAUGGACAGACGGCAAUUAUAUGCACUCGUAUCACGCGGAAGGCGCCGAAGGCAAAUUCCUUGGAUUCUGGUCCGUUGUCAUUUACGCUGGUUUCACCAUUACCGGCCCCGACAUGAUUGCAUUGGCCGCUGGCGAAAUUCAGAACCCUCGACGAACCAUCCCUCGCGUGUCAAAGUUCAUUUUCUGGCGAUUGGUCGGCUUCUACGUUAUUGGUGUACUUGCCGUUGGCAUCAUUUGCUCGUCGACUGAUCCAGGUCUCCUUGGAGCUAUCAAGGAAGGAAAGUCUGGUGCUGCUGCCAGUCCGUGGGUCAUUGGUAUCCAGAACUUGGGCAUUGGUGUGUUGCCGCAUAUCAUCAAUGCGCUCAUUAUGUUGUCUGGAUGGUCCUGCGGAAACGCAUAUCUUUAUUCGUCCAGCCGAACCCUAUAUGGUCUUGCCCGAGAUGGACAAGCGCCAAAGUUCCUCAUGAAGUGCACCAAAUCAGGUGUCCCCAUCUACUCCGUCCUUACCGUCUCUCUCAUCUCAUGCAUCACUUUCUUGGUCUCUAGCAACUCCGCCGUGGAGGUGUUCCUCUGGUUUGUUGAUCUCACCACGACUGCGUUGAUCGCGACAUAUGUGUUGAUGCUCAUCACCUACCUUUGCUGGUGGCGCGCUCGCAAGGCGCAAGGCCUGACCAACGACAUGCUCAUCUACGCCGCUCCAUUGACACCCUGGGCUCCUAUGGUCGCUCUGGUUUUUGGAUGCUGCGCUUUGCUGUUCGUUGGUUUCGAUGUCUUCAAGCCAUUCAGCGUUCGUGGCUUCGUCACCUCUUAUUUCGCGAUCGCUUUCUGCCUCUUCAUGUUCCUUGUUGGUCGCAUCAAGUAUUGGCGCGAGGGCAAGGGCGGCUUCGUUAGCCCCAAGACCGCGGACCUGUACACUGGAAAGGCAGAGAUUGAUGCAGAGUGCAGACACUGGGAAGAGGGUGGUAUUGAGAACGUUGAGAGGGCGCGUUUGGCAGAGAUGCCAUUCUGGAGGCGCCAAUGGGAGAAGAUUUGGUAG